AUGGAUGAUUCUACCGGUUUUGUGGAGUUCUCCAACGUUCAUUUUCAGAAAGACGACGCCUCAUUGUGUGCUAAGCUCUGCUUUGGUUUGUUAGCGUUGAUGUUACUGACAGCAACUGUGGGUAUAUCGAUCCUUCUACUGAACUUGAAACAUUUUGCGGUCGAUGUUCACUUGAAGAAGGGAAAGGUACACGUGUAUAGAUUUGAACAAGAAUGUACGAUCACUGGCAACGGGAACGCCAUCAGAAGCAUGUCUAUUGAUCUGACCAUGCAUGUGAUUAACAUCACUGAGACCGACUAUUGGUUUGGAAUAGUUUUAAGUUUUCCUAAAGAAACGCGUAAUUCUCCUUCUACCAAGGAUUACGUGUUUUUGACGCGAGUUAUAAGCUCGGAAAUUGACGAUUUUCAGGACGGGACGCAAAACCGUUUCGAGGUUUUCGGUGCCGGAAAAACUGACAAAGAACUUUCAUUUUACGUUCAUAACAUUUUACACCAGCUUCUCCCCGCUGUUAAAGUCAAACUCUACGAAUUUGUCUUGAGCAAGGUGUCGAGUUCUUCCAGACAUACUGUCAUGGAAAAACAAGGAUUCUUACCCGGUCGUGUUCACGUGAAGCGCGCUCUGAUCACCAAUGGUGAUUUUUUGACUGUCAUGGCUAAAGCCGGUCCAGGUGACUUUCAAAGCUUUGCCGAUGAAGAAACCGAAUCUCCAUCAGCCUCGUGGACGUUAUCUUACGAUGAAACUGCUGUUGUUAACAAAAAAACUGGAAUGGUUAAGAGAAGUGAGAUGUCUCUCUCGGGUGAAUUACCGAUUGGCGCGGACUUCACGCCAUCGGGACGCAAAUCUCCUAAUACUAAGAGCUUAGCUGUAGCAUUUAAAAGCACUGCUACAAUGCUUGACGAGUCGCAAGUGAAACCUAAUCCUUGGAAGACUGUGGUAAAAGAUGAAAACGAACUCAUUCACCCGCUGUUUUUUCCUGCCGGUGAAAAGCCUUCAUUGAUGUAUUUUGCGCCAGCUAAGAGCAAAUCCAAUGAUCCGCUUGCACACGAUGAUGUGAUGGAGCUUUUGAAACUUAGCAAAAACCCGGCUGGAAGAUCUACGAAACUGCCUCCCAUGAUCAAGAUUUUGCGUCAUAGAAUUUCAAAGUCAUGGAACGUCUUUCGAUCAGACGCAGAUGGGGACAUGAGGAAAGACGAUUUGACAAAUUAUGAAAAUGAGGAUGAAGGAGAUGAUAAAGAUGAUGUUGAUGAUGAUGAUGAUGAUGAUGAUGAUGAUUAUAACGAUGACGAUUAUGAUAAUGUUGACGAUAAUGGCAAUCAACCCUCAUGGCCUAUACCCAACUUUGCUCCGUUUGGGUUUGGCUACGAAUUUAAAAGAAGGAGGUCUGUAGAAACUCGGAGAUCACUGAAAAGGGCUAGGUCUAAAGCUACCGAACAAUCUCGACUACGGAGGAAAGAAUCUGAACUAAACACCAUUUGGGAUGAACUCGCAUCCUCUUCGCCGCGAGCUAAUCAUGAACCUCCUCGGGUCAUCCAAACGUCAUUCAUGACUUUAGACUUUAGAUCGGAGAUUGACUAUGAGGUUAAUGUGGAUAAAGACUAUGAUGAUGACGAUGAUAUUGAAGAACGCGACAAAAAUAGUAACGAUGGAGACUGGGAUGUAACGACUGCUUAUCGGAUCAUGAUUGGACGAUACAGUAUAACACCGUUGAGGAAAACGCACACGCUGGAUAAGCUACGAGGAGAGCUGGCACACAAAGGAAAGCGAAGGUUCAUUCACUGGAGACUAAACGCGGGAGACUUUGUAAGUAAAUAUUUUCGUGACUGAUAAUUCUCUAAUGAAACAAUAAUGACCGAUGAUCCCCACUCCAACUUCCAGUUCUCUGGAUAUGAAAAUGAUCUCUCUUUCCAUUGGCAGGUACAACUUCUCAAUUGAUCAAUUACUUCUUGAGAGAUUUUUUAAAAGCUUUCGUUGAGGAGGGUUUAUGGUUUCUUAUCUUAAUUCAGUUUUCGAUGUUGUUCGUUUUCUUCUCAUGUGAAUUAACACGGUUAACACCACUUCUCAACCACUAAUAAUUCAUAAAGAAAAUACAAAGGAAAUUAAUGUUUAAUGAGUGUUUGGAAAUCAGAUGGAAAACUAGUCAUUUUUUUGCAUCCUUAAUUUCUCCUUCUAAAAUCAUUUUGUUCGAGAAGUAAUAUCAAGCAUUCGACACAGUCUUUCAUCAACAGAUGAAACACUGCAUCUAAUGCUUGAUAUAUUACAUAAUAAGUUUCAGAUUAUCGCUUUGGUAUGAUCCGCCCCAUAUUACCAAGCGCGUCGUGAAAGAGUCAGUAGAGACUCCUUCGUUCUCUUGUUCUCUUCAGAGACGUCACACGGAUUUUCGGAUCCUUAUCCGGAAACUACUUUAUGUGUUUUCAGGUAACAUGCAUUCCUCUGUUCUUUAUCCAACGACUCUGCGCUGCAACUCGCCUAAAAUUCGACGUGACCAUUACUUACGGCCUGCCCCGUCUGUCCCUGUCAUAUCCUGUGGAGGUGACUGUCCACAUCAAACACGCAGUCACUACUAACGCCACAUUUUCUGCGCAUGCGUCCACGUGGUUCCUUGAGAGUGGUGUUUACACGACAGGUAAGACAGUAAUAGGUUCUUUCACUGAUAAACGGAUGCAAGAAAAAAAGCGCCUAGAAGCACUGGGGCAAGAAAAACAAAGUCGGAUUGCAUCAUUUAAAAUGAUAAUUUCUUUUUAAAGCCCCCAUGACAUUGUUCGCUAUCCAACAAGGUGUUUUUGUAUGGACCAUCUGGCCAUGGAGCUGUAAAGGGCUCAUAAGAUGUUGUGAGGCGAAGAGACGGAUGACAUUUCAGACUAAAUAGAUGUUGUUUAUGUAGCUGUUGCUCUUUAGUUCUCUCUCCUCCGCCGAGGCUCAAAGGGGCAAGGCGAGAAUGAGCGGGCGCAAAAUUUGUUUGGUAGCGAUUUUCCCGCCAAAGAAAAGCCUAUACGGAGAAGGCAUUGUUCGAUUGGCCAAUCGUAUUGCAGUAUGACGUCAAAGCAAAGUAUCGGUUGAUUUAUAGAAAGUUCUCGGGCAUGUUGUGUCCCUUCGCUAAGCCAAUCAAAUCGCUAUGUUUCCGUUCGUUUUUGUUUCUGUUUUGUUCGCGCGUUUUCAUUUCAAGGUCAUACGAAAAUCGCUCUAACGCCUCAUUGAACCUCUGCAGAGGAGAGAGAGCGUUCUAAGGGCCUGUUUUCGUGGGGGUGGGGGGACCCUAGGUAGGUGAGGUAACUCGCUUUGGUGGGAUAACCCGCCUAUCCAGUGCAGAGACAAUUUUUUCCAUAUGAUCUUUCAUUUUAAUUUGAUCACGUUUACAUGAUAGGUGGGGUGACCCGCGCAUGUUACCUCACCUAUCUGGGGUCCCCCGCUGCCAUGCAAACAGGCCUUAAUUGUCUCUGCACACGGCGAGACAAAACAGAAUGAUGUCAUUUUGUCAGGCUGGGAGUUUAUUCCUCUUUCGUUAUUUAAGCAUAUAAACGCUAAUGUCAACGAUAAAGUCGACUUCCAAGCCAUGCUAAGGGUUUGUGCCAUGGAGUAUUUCGAGCAAAUCGCUUGGUCAAAAAUUGUGUCAGUGGUGAUCACAGAACCAAAAACAGUCCUGUGAAAGUUGCCGGUGAGGCGUUGUUGAGAACGCUGGCUAACUCUCGUUACUUCACUUUUCACCAGGCUUAUAAGCACCAAGGAAUUUGGAAAAAAUAUAAUACAGUCGAACCUCCCGUAAGCAACCACCCAAAAUUUAGUGGUCGCUGACGGGAAUCGAAGAACGGCUAAACUUUUUCUAGUACAAAGUAGAGGUCCCGACACUUCUAGUUUUUAGGAAAAGAAUUUAUUGCACGCAAUUUCAAAGAUACGAUAUCUGUAGUUCCGUCCCGUCAUUUUAAGUUUCUAGUAUAUUCUACGUUGUGGUGUACAAACAGCAAAUAGACAUCACACCAUGCGUCAAGCGGUCGCUUAUAAGGGUUUUAAAACAAUGGGAAAUUCUAAAACGUUCACAACGAAAAGUGGUCGCAAUCGAUUAUUAGAAGUUAAUUUGAACUAUGUCGGCCUUUGACUUGGAAAAUAGCAUGGGUGGAUCAGAAAAUUCGGGUCAGCUAAAUAGAUACUUUUUCUGUUAAUGAGAGUUCUUUUAAAAUGAACUCUCAAUCCGCCCAUGACUAAUAUUUUGGAUAGGUGGUCGCUUUCAAGAGAAAAUCACACAUGAGGUUUCGACUGUACAUAAUUGCUUAAACUUCAGUUUUAAUUGGAACAUGGAAUCAACUCUCGCUGAAGUAAUUCAUUUGUUUCUCUGACAGGGACCGUUGCCAUGGCUACCCUGCCUGUUAGGUUAUCGUUCAAAGAAGAAGCAAACCCUGAAUGGUGCGUGACAGGUCAUCUUGAACAGAAAAUGGUGCGAAUAAAUAGCGUACCUUUGUCGCCUUGGAACUGUUCUCUGGGUCAUAAACAGUGGGAAAGAACGUGCACCGGGUUACCGAAGUAUUUUAACAUCUCUCCGGCGAGUUUUGACUCGCAACACAGCUUAAAUGAAGGCACCAUAUUUGAUAACUGGCAUUACCCAGUUAGCUGUUCACAUAGAAAUGGCUAUUGA